AUGCCAAACCAAGAGAAGGAAAAUGGCGCCCAAAGUCAAGAUGAGAUGGUACUGCCCAAGCUGCCGGUUCCCUCCCUCCAGCAAACAUUAAAUAGGUACCUUCAGUGCAUGAAACACUUGGUGACUGAAGAACAAUAUAAGACAACCAAGACUCUUGUGGAGAAGUUUGGAGCUCCAGGAGGCCAGGGAGAAUUCCUUCAGAAGAAGCUUCUUGAAAGACAUGAACAAAUGGAUAAUUGGGUACUGCAAUACUGGCUAGAUGACAUGUAUCUUAAAAACCGAUCAGCUCUUCCCAUCAAUUCUAGCCCAGGAAUUAUCUUUGCUUGCCAACAGUUCCAAGAAGCAGAUGAUCAACUGAGGUUUGCAGCCAAUCUCAUUUCUGGAAUUCUGGAUUAUAAAGCUCUCCUGGACAGCCACACACUUCCUGUGGAUUUUGCUCGUGGACAACUGUCCGGUCACCCUCUUUGUAUGAAGCAAUACUACGGACUCUUCUCUUCUUAUCGUCUUCCGGGAUAUACCAAGGACACAUUAGUGUCCCAGAAAAGCAAUAUCAUGCCUGAACCAGAUCAUAUCAUUGUUGCUUGUAACAAUCAGUUUUUUGUUCUGGACGUGGUGAUUAAUUUCCGGCGUCUCAGCGAAGGAGACCUUUUCACCCAGUUACGGAAGAUAGUGAAGAUGUCAGAGAAUGAGGAAGAGAGGCUGCCUCCCAUUGGCCUCCUGACCUCGGAUGGCAGGCUGGAGUGGGCCACGUCCCGGGUAAUCCUCAUGGAAGAUUCUACAAACCGCGACUCCCUUGAUAUGAUUGAACGAAGCCUGUGCUUGGUCUGCCUGGACAGUCCAGCCGGAGAAGAGCUGAGCGACACCAACCGGGCCUUGCAGCUCCUCCAUGGGGGAGGCUAUGCGAGAAACGGCGCCAAUCGCUGGUACGAUAAGUCCACGCAGUUUGUUGUAGGACGAGAUGGAAUCUGUGGAACAGUGUGUGAACACUCUCCGUUUGACGGCAUCAUUCUGGUGCAGUGCAUUGAACACUUGCUGAAGCACAUGAAAGAAGGUGCCAAGAAACUGGUCAGAGCAGAUUCCGUGAGUGAGCUUCCCGCUCCAAGGAGGCUGCGGUGGAAAUGUUCGCCCGAAAUUCAGAACCACUUGGCUUCUUCUGCGGAAAAACUGGAAAGACUGGUGAAAAAUCUGGAUUUUGUUGCUUAUAAGUUUGAAAACUAUGGGAAAGAAUUUAUCAAAAAACAGAAGAUGAGUCCAGACGCCUACAUCCAAGUAGCACUCCAGCUGGCUUUCUACCGGAUGAACAUGAGGCUGGUUCCCACCUAUGAAAGUGCUUCUCUUCGUCGCUAUGAAUGCGGGAGGGUAGACAACAUCCGCUCCGCCACUCCUGAAGCAUUAUCGUUUGUAAAAGGAAUGGUAGAUAAGAAAUCAGCUCUCCAGAAUUCUGAAAAAAUGCAGCUUUUUAAGAGUGCAAUAACAGCUCAAACCAAUUACACUAUUUUGGCUAUUACAGGCAUGGCCAUCGACAACCAUCUGUUGGGACUGCGAGAGAUGGCCCGAGAAAACUUCGAAGAACUGCCAGACCUCUUUACUGAUGAAACUUAUUUGGCAAGCAAUCGAUUUGUUCUCUCUACCAGCCAGGUUCCUACCACAACGGAGAUGUUCUGCUGUUACGGGCCGGUGAUUCCUCAAGGCUAUGGGGCUUGCUACAAUCCCCAGUCCCAGCAUAUCUUAUUCUGCAUUUCAAGCUUCAAAACCUGUCCAGAGACCUCUUCCAGCCAAUUUGUCAAAGCCAUCCGAGAAAGUCUAAUGGACUUGAAAGAGCUCUGCAGCGGAUCCAGCCUGACCUCGACAAGCCAACAGGCUAAACUGGAAGGAUGUCCUCCGGUUGCCAGACCCUAAUGGGGCCCUGCAUGUCGUCAUCUUUUCCUUCCUCCUCUUUGCAAAAUGUCCUUAAUGUUGAGUGAUGUUUCUGUAAAAAUGCCAGCUAUUUAUUGGAGGCAGGAGAACUUUAUUUUUCUUUAAGCGAGUAUUCCUAUCCCUAUUUAUCACCACGGGGAGCUUAAAUUAUCGAGAAAGCUGACAUUUCAGUGUUGCACAGAGCAAAUGUGUGAAUAAUGUUUGACCCAAAGAAUGAAAUUACAUGCAAUUCAUCUCAAUGUGAAAUAAGCAGUUAAUGCUAGUAUAGUAGAAAUAGCUGCUGUGAACGUGCAAUAUAGCCCAUGCCUGAGAGUUCCAAUCUCUAUAAUUAUUCAUUUAAGAAAAAUAUAUAAACUGCUUCGGUCUAAGCAGGAUACAAAGAGCCAUAGUGACAAAGGCAAUGCAAACAAUUUUUAAAAAAAUACAGCAGGACCUGAUAUUGUGCUAACAAUGUUAAUUAAAAGUAUUCCCCAUUUCAAGAGCAAGGCUCCUAGAAAGAAAUGCUUAUCCCUCAUUUUAAGGAUGGAUAUGUGACUCCCAGCUUUGGUAGAGUUUGCUCUGAUUGAACCUGCUGGCCUGGACUGACUCUGCCCUCUUUUUGUCCUCUUGAGCAAUCAGUCCAUGUGGUUGUGGUCUCGAGAGAAACCAAAGAGCACCAUGGAUGACACUGACGGUCAGUCAGAUAUUUCCAAGAACCUACUAUAGGAAUUAUCUUUCAUAAGAGUGCAGUCAAAUCUUCUGGAAAAGAUUGGGUUAGAAGCCAAUGAAGAUUGGAAAGUAUUUUUCUUCUCUUCAAUUUCUAAAUUUUGAACCCUGAAUUAAUUAAUUAAUUAAUUACUGUCUACCUAAAAGAUAAGCCAGACUAAGAAGCUGAUUCCAUAUCAAUUAGGACUAGGUUCAUUGCAAAGGCUAUCGUAACAGAAUAUUGCAAGGUUGAAUGUGCUUCUCUCCUCCCUCACUUUAUCUUCCUAUGAACUUGAGAUGUUUUCUCAGAUUAUUCUCUUGGCCUCGGGCUCAAGCCCCACUUAUCUGACUAUUGCCUUAGUAGUAGCUAUUCCCCCUGUCUUCCUAUUCCUGAUGCCCUCUACAAUUACUAGCUCAAAUGCUUCGCCUGUUAUUGUACCUCUAUCAUAUUCUCUUCAGAUAAGUUGUAAUCAGUGUUGCAUGUUUUAAUUGUUUCAUUAGAAAAAAAAAGAUGUUACAUGUAUGUGGCUCAGGGCUGAAUUGUUGAAUUCUUAGUGUUCCUUGAGCUUGUCUUCUUACAAGACGCUUCAUUACCAGGGUAGGGAACACCAUCAGGGCACAACGGAGGAGCACAAGAAAAAGAUGUCAAAACUUCAGCUAACCUGCAAAGAUUGUAGUUUCAACAAUCCAGCUCCUGUAAGAGAUCCAAGCGUGAUCACUGGGCUGUUCCAGGAUGGCCUGUGAGACAGCCUAAGCAGAUUCUGCUAGGCAGAAGGGAAGCUUAUGUGCCAGGACAAGACAUUUCUUGGAGGGAUCAGAGCUUAACAGAUGUUGAAGGCCUCCUUUGC